AUGAAAACAAAUUUUGAUUCCUAUAGAGAGGUAAAGGAAAGGGAAAGGGAACGGGAAGGGGAAGGGAAGGGGAAUGGAAGGGGAACGGAAGGGGAAGGGAAGGGGAACGGAAGGGGAAGGGAAGGGGAACGGAAGGGGAAGGGAAGGGCUUUGAUCAGGGAAGAUUGGGAGUGUUACACAGCUGAACUACUGGGCACCUUUGCACUGUUGCACCGACAAGAGCCUAGCUCU